AUGUUGAUUGCUCGUGCUUUGCCCAUCAUGAGAGUUUAUAUUAAACCUGGUGGUCAACGAGGUUUUUCGGGGCAUUGUAUUAACCUGCCACAAAAUGUCAAAGAACUUGCAAUGUCUUUGCCAAGAUAUCCUAAAGACUUAGCUGUGAUUAUUGUCAAGGCUAAAGGUAGAGAAAACACAUUCAGAGAUGUGACUGUGCGAAAGCAAAAAGUGCACAAUGCUUUAGUUUGGCUUAUCAAUAAUAAUCCUCAUUAUUCUGAGUUAUUAAUUAAUCAAGAUGCAUUAAAUUCCUUACCUGAAAAUGGUGUACCACCAGGUCUCAUGACUGUUGAGACUGAUGAUGAUAUAGUCUCAGAUGACAAUUGUUCUCCUGAUGUAGGUCCUCCUACUGAUAAUCCAUCAGAGGAUAUUGUUUAUAAUGACUCUACUGAAAUGAGUAGUUUUUUACCUGUUGGUGAACAACAACAAACGGAAAUUGAAGCUGUUAGAAAUCAGCUGUCUGAAAAUGAGCCAAUGCCAUGGCCCUCGGUUGAAAAUGAGCCAAUAAAUGAGUAUCAGAUAUCACAUCUGGCCACAAUGGCUUUCCCGACAUUAUUUCCAGAUGGGAAAGGUGAUCCUACUAAUCAAGGACUUCUGAGAGAUGUCCCUCUUCACGAACGAAUAAAGCAUCUUCUAAAAUUUGCUGAAAUUAUUGAUGGUAAAUGGGUAUACCGUUUUGCUAACCAGGCAGGUAUAAAAGUCGGACCGGAUUGCCAGUCCGGGUCGGAUUAGGUCGGAUCGUGCAGGUAUAAAAGUCGGACUGGAUCGCCAGUCCGGGUCGGAUUAGGUCGGAUCGUGCAGGUAUAAAAGUCGGACCGGAUCGCCAGUCCGCGUCGGAUUAGGUCGGAUCGUGCAGGUAUAAAAGUCGGACUGGAUCGCAUUGAUGACCGAAUCGCUAGUCCGGCCGUGCCAAAUUGCCAAAACGAAAAUACACGCUUCACAUGUGAAAUUUGAAGAUGCAGAACUCUGAUCAGAAACAUCUACACUAUUGUUUUCAUUAGACAUUAUACUUAUAUGCAGCUUUAUUAUCACAAAAUUUUAAAAUAGCCAUGGCAAUAGCUGGAUUCCGUCUGGUAUAAGUAUGAAACGAAAACUAUCGGACGGAUAAACUCGAAAAAAUAGGAGACCCUCACCAUCCAAGUUUCUUUUGAACGUUACGAGCAGAAACCCGUCUUGAUUUAUUCGUCUUAUAUAAAUUUAAGACGGAUUUCCGUCUAAGACGAGAAACUCGUCAGACGGAAAAGUUGAAACGCGGAGAACCCGUCGUUAACCGGAUUUAUACCAAGACGAGUUUCUGGUCUGAGACGAGUUUCCCGUCUUGGACGGAAAUCUGUCUUCUAAUAUGAAUUCAGCUAAUGACGCGUAGACGUUAAACAAUGGGACUCGACUAAUAUAAAGCAAAGCUUAAAGUAUAAUUCACCGUCUUUCCAUAACAUUUUCCCAACACAAGUAAAGGCUUUUAAAGUGCCCCUAACCUGUUCUAUUCCAUUUUUCCGAUUUGCCACGCUGUGUAAAUAACGCGGGAAAGAUGCAAACUUCCAUUUGUGUAAGUAACAUUUCCCGGAAUAUCCUGAUAUUUCUAAAUUUUCUAAAGAUCCGACCUGAUCCGACCUAAUCCGACCCGGACUGGCGAUCCGGUCCGACUUUUACACCUGCCUUUGCUAACCACCCCAGAUUUUCUUAUUGGGCUUUUAACAUGAUUCAAAGAAAACGAAUUUUACAACAAAGUGGAAUUUCCUCAAACAGAACCCAGGAGAAGCUCAUCUCACAAUAGAUGAACUGCGUGAAAUGGCUGUCAGUAACAAUGCUAGUGUAUUUAUGUCUAAAGUGUCGAGAUAUGUUGGCAAUAUUGCAGGUACUAAUGCUUACUGGAAUAGAGUAAGAGAGGAACUCAAAGCUAUCAUAACUAGUGUUGGAGCACCAACAUUAUUUUUCACUUUCUCCUCUGCAGAUAUGCAUUGGCCUGAGUUACAUGCUUUAUUUAAAACUGAUACUGACAAUGAGUUAGGUAACUCUACCAGUGAUGUAAGACGACAAAAUGUGAUCAACAAUCCCCAUGUUGUAGAUUGGUUUUUCACCCAAAGAUUAGAAAGCUUUGUAAAACACUGGCUUUAUGAUACACUUGGUGCAAAAUGGCACUGGUUUCGAUAUGAAUACCAAGGUAGAGGUAGUAUCCACUGUCAUGGUACUGCUAAACUAAAUAAUGACCCAGGUUUGUGUCAACUUACUCAGACUGCUUUGAAAGGUUUCUUAGCUCAAAAAUUUAAAGAUGAAAAUGAUUGUUCUGACGCAACUGAACUAGACCAGGAUAUUGAAGCUGGGCAGAAAGCAGCUGACACAGUAUGUCAGUAUGUUGAUUGGUUAUUAUCAACCGUCAAUCCUAAUCCACCAGAUGAGGACACAUGGAUAAGACCUGGGGUUCAUCCAUGUCAAAGAAGUCAUGACAUUCCUGAACAUGAAAAACAAUCAGAUUAUGUAGAUCUAUUAAACAUGGUUCAACGACAUACUCGUUCCAGUACAAGUUAUUGUCUUAGAAAGAAGUCAAAUGAAACAGACUUGAAAUGUAGAUUUCAUUUCCCUUUUGAUAUUUGUCCUAAGACAAAAUUAGAAUUUGAAAAAAUUCACACUUCAGGUGAUAAUGAGCAUUAUCGAGCUAAGAUUGUGACUAAACGAAAUGACUCUAGAUUAAAUAACCAUCAACAACUUCAGCUCCAAGGAUGGAGAGCUAACUGUGAUAUUCAAGUUGUUAUUGAUCACUAUGCUUGUGUUGAAUAUCUCACAAAAUAUGCAGCUAAAGGUGAACCAAGAUCACCUAUAUUGAAACAGGCAUUCAAUUCUAUUGUCCAAAAUGUUGACAGUAAUACUGACCCUCGUAGAGUUAUUAAGAAGGUAGUUAUGAAAUCUCUUGGUGAAAGAGAUUAUGCAGCUCAAGAGACCAUGCAUCAUUUGUUGUCUUUAAAACUCCACAGCUCAUCCUUUAAAGUGAUGCCAGUUAGUCUAAAUGGUUCACGUAGAGUGCGUGAUACUGCAAGUAUUGACGAGGGUGAAUCGUGCACCGAUUAUUCACUUCUUGAUGUGUAUGCUAAUCGUGAACAAUAUGAGAGUUCACAAAAUAUAAUAAAUAUGAACUUUGUUCAAUUUGCUACAACAUACAAAGUUGUUAACAAUGAACUGACAAAAUUACCAGAGAAUAUUAUACCACGAAUAUUUCCAACAUAUUCUCCUAAUCCCAAAGGUCCAAAUUUUGGCCUAUAUUGUAAAUAUCAACUUUUGAGGUAUAAACCGUGGAGAACAACCCAAAACAAUGCAUUGGGUGACCAAGAACCAAUUGACGAGGUUCUGAUCAAUUGUUGGCAUGAUUUUUUACAAACACCUUAUGGGCAAUCUAAUGUCCCAGACUGGUUUGAUAAAUUACAAGCUGUCAUUCAAAUUCAAGAAUCAGAAGAUGAACCGUCUGAAGAACAGGAGACAACUCGAGAAGAGUGGAUGAUAUUAUCAGACCUCAACACUCCUUUUGACAACUCUGAACAAACACCAGAGUCCACAUAUGACUGGCAUCUUGACAGAGCCAAUUAUUCUCAACAACAAAUCCAAGAAAUGCCAACAUGGAUAAAAACAAACAAAGAGGAAUACACUAUUGAUGAGCAAUAUGAUGUUGUUGACAUCAACAGUUUUAGUGAAAUGCAAAAACUUGCUUAUGAUAUUGUUAAGUCUCAUUUUGAUGAUAUAUCAUCUGAAAAAGAGCCAUUAUGUCUCAUUAUAAAUGGUGUUGCAGGAACUGGUAAAAGUUACCUUAUUAAUGCCAUUAGAAAUCUUUUGCAAAGUAAAUGUGCUGUUGCUGCUACCACAGGUAAAGCAGCUUAUAACAUUAGAGGUGUAACUGUGCAUUCUCUAUUAAAGUUACCUAUAGGAUCAAGAGGUAAAAAAGACCUAACAGGACAAAGCUUGUGUAGGUUACAAGAGAGUGUUAAUAACAUUGGAUACAUCAUUAUUGAUGAAUACUCCAUGCUUGGCCAAGUUACUUUUGGUUGGAUAGACAAGCGUUGCAAACAAGCAACUGGUUAUAAUGACAACGUUUUUGGAGGAAAAUCAUUGAUUUUAACUGGUGAUCCAGGUCAAUUGCCACCAGUAGCAGAUAAACCUCUUUACCAUGCUAGACCAUCAAACGCUGUUGGUGAACAAGGUCAUCAAGCAUAUCAUAUGUUUGACAAAGUUGUUAAACUCACUGUAAAUCAACGCAUGCAAGGUAUGACAUCUGAGCAAGUACAGUUCAGAGAUUUGUUAUUACGACUUCGCAAAGGCAACUCAACAGUUGAUGACUGGAAGUUACUUCUGACACGUCAACCAUCGAAUGUCACUAAUUUAUGUGACUUCGAAGAUUCUACUAGACUCUUUUAUAGUAAUGAACAAGUUGCUAAUUACAGCCAUGAGCAGCUAACAAAACUUGAGCAUCCAGUUGCUCAUAUUAAUGCUCGCCAUUCAUCAGCAUUGGCAAAAAAAAUCUCCUCAGAUGAUAUGUCUGGGUUAGAACCUGUUGUGUUUCUAGCAAAAGGUGCUAGGGUCAUGUUAACCAUGAAUUUGUGGUCAAGUGUUGGUCUCUGCAAUGGUGCUACUGGGACAGUUGUUGAUAUUAUCUAUCAGAACAACCAUCAACCACCUGACUUACCUAUUGCGGUAAUAGUAGAAUUUGAAAACUAUAGAGGACCUGUUUUUAAUGAAAACCAACCAUUGUGUAUCCCAAUAUAUCCAAUCACUGUCACAUCACAGACAGAAAUAGGUUCCCAUGAGAGACAACAGUUACCUUUUAGGCUUGCUUGGGCUCUAACAAUACACAAGAGCCAAGGACUUACGCUUCCAAAAGCAUGGAUAGAUAUUGGCAAAUCUGAAAGAACUGCUGGAGUUUCCUAUGUUGCUAUUAGUAGAGUAAAAUCACUUGCAUCUUGUGUCAUUGAACCAAUGACGUAUGAACGAUUAUCAAACUUGAAAUCAUCAGCUAACUUACAAUAUAGGCUUGAAGAAGAAAACAGGCUAGAUCAGUUAGCACAGGCUACUAGCAGUGCAUUUAGAACAACAAACUAUUGA